AUGGCGCAGCCCAUGCCCUUCUGCUGGCAGAUCCGCACGCCGCAGAUCAGCGACCUGGGGCUCAUAUGGCUGGACGGCAUCGGGGGGGACGCCAGGCACCUGCUGCUCGAGGACAAGGAGACGGGCGACGUGCUCUUCCCCCUCGUCACCCUCACCUCCCGCUUCCAACGCGGCCACAGUCGCAAGCUGUCGAGCCUGGCGUAUCGCGUGGUGGUGCUGCCCGACUGGCCCAUGGCACGCGCAGGCGAGGGCAGCAGCAGGAAGCGCAAGCAGCGGGGGGACGCGGAGGGAGGAUCGCAGAGGAAGGCAGUCGCGCAAGUGGGCGACAUGGGGGGGGAGGUGAGCUUGGUGCCGCUGCCAGUCGUCUACAACUCCAUGGCACGCCGACCGGGGAUCCAGGAGCACAAGUUCUUUCGCAUCCUCUACCGCGCCAUCCGCCUCACCUCCUACUACCACGUGCUCAAGCACCCCCCGGGCAUGGAGCAGGCGUUGGUGGACCACCACUGCCCUGCCUUCCCCCCGCCACUAGUGCGCACCAACGGCACGAGACGCUGCAGCAGGUGCAAUGAGUCGCCCAUGCGAGGACCAGCCAGCCUGCAGCACACCUUUGUCAAGUACACCCUGCCAGUGCACGAUGCAGACAACGACCUGCUGCUGGCCUACCGCCUGCUGCCCAUCGCGCGCUUCGUGCCGCUCCACGCGUGCUCACAGCGCUGGCAGCAGCUGCAGCACGUGCGCACACAGCAGAGCGGCGAGAGCGAGGGGCAGGAGGGGGAGGAGGAUGCGGUGCUUGGGAUUCAGAGCCAGCACCAGGUGCGAGCGCCAGUAGCAUUGCUGGAGCAGCAGCAGCAGCCGCUGCAGCAGCAGCAGCAGCAGCCGCCGCAGCAGCAGCAGCAGCAAGUAGCUAAUGAGAACCAAGGGUAG